UUUUUUCACAACAUCUACAGUCAAUAUGGCUCUCAAGAGAAUUAACAAGGAACUCACUGACCUCGGCCGUGAUCCGCCCUCCUCCUGCUCUGCUGGUCCUGUAGGAGAAGAUCUGUUUCACUGGCAAGCAACUAUUAUGGGUCCUGGUGACUCUCCAUACUCGGGCGGCGUUUUCUUCCUAUCGAUCAACUUCCCCACCGACUACCCUUUCAAGCCCCCGAAGGUCAACUUCACCACCCGUAUCUACCACCCCAACAUCAACUCCAACGGCAGUAUCUGUCUUGACAUCCUGAGAGACCAAUGGAGCCCUGCUCUUACAAUCUCUAAAGUACUGCUCUCCAUCUGCUCGAUGCUCACAGACCCCAACCCCGAUGACCCAUUGGUGCCCGAAAUUGCCCAUGUCUAUAAGACUGACCGUACCCGGUACGAGGCCACCGCUCGCGAAUGGACCCGCAAAUAUGCUAUUUGAUCUUCGCAAUUGAAUUUACACGGCCGCCUCGGUCUUCUCAAUACCUUCUGCGUCUUCUUUCGCUCCGUUAGAUCAGAUCCGAAGCCUGGCGUACCGUGAUCGUAGAUCCUUUGUCUUUUUUUUU